UGAUAGGACUGUGUCUGUGAUGUAUCCACUCCAGCAGGACAUUACCGCUUAAAAAGAGAACUUUGAGCCAACUAAUAUUCACUUUAUGUGACCAUUCCAAAUAUUCUAAAAUAUUAGCAUUUCACUACAAGAGGGAGACACCACACCUCCUCUAGAUUAGUAUUUUUUUCUGAAUCUCCACAACUCCAUCUUUUGCUGACUGGACCUUAUUUCCACCAGUGGAUGUCACAUAAAUCUACAGAAGACAUGUCUGUCCCCACCAAGCCCCUGACUUCCUUCUUCAUCCAGGACAUCCUCUCAGAUCUGGGCUGCAAGAGUAAGGACAGGCGUUUGGGGUCCCACUGGGACAAUCCUGCCACUGGGUCAUCCCAGGAAGACCUGGACCGAGACCUUGAUCCCCAGAAGACCAGCUCUGAUUCAGGAGCAGAGCUAUCACCUCCUCAUUUAGCAGAGACCCAGCACCACCUGCAGAAAGAAGAAGUACACGACACAAAGCAUCUAGACCUGGAGGUAUCUCCAGCUACAAGCGAGGAAGGAAGCCUGGCCAAGCAACAGCAGAAGAGGUCCAGAGCUGCCUUCUCCCACUCCCAGGUCAUAGAGCUGGAGAGAAAGUUCUCCAGCCAGAAAUAUCUGUCAGCUCCAGAGAGAGCACAGCUGGCCAAGAGUCUGAAGCUCACCGAGACUCAGGUGAAGAUCUGGUUCCAGAACAGAAGGUACAAAACCAAAAGAAAACAGCUGGCCACUGACGUGGAUGACUUGGAGAAGACCCCUCCACUAUCUGCGCUUUGCAGGGAUGUGGACAUGAGCAGGACUUCUCUCAUCAGCCUUUAUCAGAACUACCACUGCUACCCUUACCUAUACUACCUGGCAGGGUGGCACCCACCUCUCUGGUAA